GCUGACAAUCAUUUUAACAGCGUAUUUGUCAUACGAUGAAAAAUAAUCUAAAUUGUACAUCGGAAUUUCUCUCUCUAAUAGAGCAUACCCUGUUGGAGCGAUCGUGGAAAAAUGAGCACAUUCCUGCACUGCAAUAUUCUUUUUUUUUUAUUCGACUGCAUAUAUCAUGCAUUUUGUGUUUAAUUCAUUGCAAUCAUCACAACAGCGACAUUGCGAUUGUUUUUAGAUCCUAAGUGUGCCCAGGCAAAUUGACGUUGAUUCGUAACUGUCUUGAGACUCAUACAGGUGAAAAGAGCAUCUUUUCUCUCAGCCCCACCUUAAACUUUCCGAAAUCCAAUCAGAGGCGGGAUAGUGUGUGAGGUCACGAGAUGAGAACAUGGAGCAGGUUGUCCGCUAGUAAACAAUAAUAGAGUGAUUUCAUGUCUGCAGGAAUACAGAUCGGAUCUCGCAACAACUUCACAGUCGGAAAGUCAAGAAAGAAUUCAAUAUUUGGGAACAGAUGUGCCAAUAGCGAUUUUGGAGAGCAUUUGGAUUACCUGACUGCGACAAAAAACUAAGGAAUGGCUUGUCUGAUGGCAGCCUUUUCAGUAAAUAACGCUGCAGUCACAAACUCCAUCAUAAUGAACACUAACGGGCCCCCCGACCUAAUGCUGGACCCCAGGACCGUGUGCGUGUCGAUCGACGAGGUGGUCUCCGGCAGCAUGGGCAGCGCCCAUCAGACUCCGCUGCUGCAGGGCCACCUCAAAAAGGUGGAGAACAACCUGACGGAGGCGCAGCGCUUCUCCUACCUGCCGCGGCGGCCCGCCGUCAACAUCGAGUUCAACGACCUCUCCUACUCCGUCCCCGAGGGGCCGUGGUGGAGAAAGAAAGGUUACAAGACCCUGCUGAAAGGCAUCUCUGGGAACUUCACCAGUGGAGGGCUGGUGGCCAUCAUGGGCCCCUCCGGAGCCGGGAAGUCUACCCUCAUGAACAUUUUGGCGGGCUACCGAGAGACUGGUAUGAAGGGGGAGAUCCUGAUCAACGGACAACCUCGUGACCUCCGCUCUUUCCGGAAGGUGUCGUGUUACAUCAUGCAGGAUGACAUGCUCCUCCCACACCUGACAGUGCAGGAGGCCAUGAUGGUGUCGGCUAACCUUAAGCUUCAGGAGAAGGAGGAGGGUCGGAGGGAGAUGGUGAGGGAGAUCUUGACCGCCCUGGGACUGCGGGAGUGUGCCAAAACCCGCACGGCCAACCUGUCAGGGGGACAGAGGAAGAGGCUGGCCAUCGCCCUGGAGCUGGUCAACAACCCGCCCGUCAUGUUUUUCGAUGAGCCCACAAGCGGAUUGGACAGCUCGUCCUGUUUCCAGGUGGUCUCUCUCAUGAAGGCUCUGGCCCAGGGCGGGAGAACCAUCAUCUGCACCAUCCACCAGCCCAGCGCCAAGCUGUUUGAGCUCUUUGACAAGCUGUAUGUCCUGAGCCAGGGGCAGUGCAUCUACCGGGGGAAGGUGUUCAAUCUGGUCCCAUACCUCAGGGAGCUGGGCCUCAACUGUCCCACAUACCACAACCCGGCAGACUUUGUGAUGGAGGUGGCAUCGGGGGAGUACGGGGACCAGACAGCCAGGCUGGUGAAGGCCGUGCAGGAGAGGAAGUGCGAGAAGGACUACAAGACGGAGAUCCACAGGGACGGCCCUCUCAACCCCUUCCUUUGGCACAGACCUUCGGACGAGGACUGCUCUUCUGGAGAGGGCUGCCACAGCUUCUCUGCCAGCUGCAUGACUCAGUUCAGCAUCCUGUUCAAGAGGACGUUCCACAGCAUCAUGCGCGAUUCGGUCCUCACGCACCUCCGCAUCGCCUCCCACGUCGGGAUAGGCAUCCUGAUCGGGCUCCUCUACCUGGGCAUCGGCAACGAGGCCAAAAAAGUGCUCAGCAACUCCGGCUUCCUGUUCUUCUCCAUGCUCUUCCUCAUGUUCGCCGCCCUCAUGCCCACCGUGCUCACCUUUCCCCUGGAGAUGGGUGUGUUCCUCAGAGAACACCUGAACUACUGGUACAGCCUGAAAGCCUACUACCUGGCAAAGACCAUGGCUGAUAUUCCCUUCCAGGUGGUGUUCCCUGUGGUGUACUGUAGCAUCGUGUACUGGAUGACAUCACAGCCUCCCGAGGCCGUGCGUUUCCUCCUCUUUGCGUCCCUGGGGGUGAUGACCUCACUGGUGGCCCAGUCUCUGGGGCUGCUGAUUGGAGCAGCGUCCACGUCGCUACAGGUGGCGACGUUUGUCGGUCCGGUGACUGCCAUUCCUGUGCUACUAUUUUCCGGGUUCUUUGUCAGUUUUGACACCAUACCCAAGUACCUCCAAUGGAUAUCCUACAUUUCCUAUGUCAGGUACGGGUUCGAGGGCGUGAUCCUGUCCAUCUACGGGCUGGACCGCGAGGACCUGCACUGCGACAAGGACGAGACCUGCCACUUCCAGAAAUCAGAGGCUAUCCUCCGGGAGCUGGACGUGGAGGACGCCAAGCUCUACAUGGACUUCCUGGUGCUGGGCGUCUUCUUCCUCGUGCUCCGCCUCGUCGCCUACUUCAUCCUGCGCUACAAGAUCAGCGCGGAGAGGUAGACCGUCUCGGGGGGGGGGACCCCCGAGCGCUGCAGCCGCCCCCCCAGACCCCGGAGAGAUCCGUCGCCCCCGUUGAGGGCCCGGUUCACACACCGUACAGGCCCCCGGACCCUGAUCUUUAAAGCGAAGGCAAAAAAAAAAAAAAAAAAACGCGUACAAGCCCACGUCUGUUUGUAUGUGUGUGCGUGUGUGUCUGUAUGUGCCUGUGCGUACGUCGCGUGUACCUGUGUCUGCGCCUGCUUUCCUCAUUGGGGAAGUAACUGAACAAAGCAAAGUUUUCAUUUUGAAAACUGUGCUUCACCUGCGCAGGUUUCCUGGAUCCAAAUUAUCCACUGAUGUGCUUUGGUCUGAAAGGUUUGCAGGCACGGUAGUACUUGAAAUGUGAUGACUAGAUUUGUCGAGAGGAACACGGUUGCUACACUUACAUGCAGCUUGUCCUGAAUGAGGAAAAGGAUUUUUCUCUCGCCAGUCCUGCUUUAUUAUCCAUGGAGAGGUGACUUUAAUGUCACUGAGAGCUAAAACUCACGAUUUGAAAAGAUUUAACUGGGCUAAUUUAGAACACUCCGGGUGUCUGCUAGAAUAGAAAUGACACUCCUAAUACACAGGCAUUUCAGUCAGCAUGUGAUUGGUACUCUGAGUGGAAACUGCCUGUUGGUGGCACGCUAGCCAGCUUAUGGUAAGACCAGGGCUAGCUAAAAUCACCUUACAUUUGGAGUGCCAUUUCCAUCUCUGCAUCUGGUUCACGAUAGUCUACAGUAGCAUAGACUCUGUAAACAACUUGGAUGUUGCAGUAUGUUCAGAGUGCACAGUCGUUCUGCUAGACCUGCUCAUAUAAAACAAGUAAGUAUGGCUGGGCACCUGACUCCCAAACUUUAUAUUGCCAAGAGCUGGUCUCUUUGUGCAUUUUGUAGAACUGCCUGAUAGAUCUGCCCGUUUUUGUCGGCAUGGACGGAGCCGUCCAAUUAAAACUUGCCCAGUCCUCUACCAAACUGGCUCCUGCUAACAUAACAUGAACCAAUGGCAGCUUGUUUGUGUUAAAUCCAUACCAAUACAUUUCUCCAGAGUUGGGUCUCAUCGCACAUGCAGUGUUGUAUUGAAAAUGUGUUCAGUGAGACAGGGAGACUGAAGUGUCUCAAUACAGAGAAUAGUUUUACAGUAUGUAUUUGGUAUUUAAAAAGUCAGGUUUGUUUUCAUUUGAGAUAUGACUAAUCAAAACUGCCUUUAAUUACCCACAGUUCUUCAUUAUGAUAUGCUAUAAACUGAUUUUCAUCACUCAUCAUGCCAGAUGAUUCAAGUUUAUUUCCUGUAUGAAAGCAACUUUUUUAAAUUUUUUAUUCAGUGUACAAAUGUUCCUGCAUGUUACAUACUGUAAAACUGCUGUCCCAUUGUGCUUGGGACUACAGUUUUUUUUGUUGCAAUAAAGCAUGUAUGACUUCUUGGUCCCCAAAGACAUGCCACAUAUCUCAGUAUAGGAGUAUCUCUUGGUCAACAAUUGCCAAAAAUAAAUUAAUACAUUAAACAGACAGCGUUAGUAGGACAUACAUAAUGAAUAUAAUUUUGUACUUAAUUUGUACAAGCUUUUCUAUGCCCAAAAAUGACAAGAGAUCACUGCAAGGUAUUUGAUCGUACUUUGUUGUCUAUAAUACAAAAAUAACUUCAUUGUUAAACUCCUGUUUAAAAUGGCAAGUAUACAUAUGAUGUAAUAUGGAUAUUUUACUUUUUCAAGUCUUGAGAGGGAACUGACAGUAUAAUUGUUGGGGGAAAACAAUAAAUUGUUUACAUUGAUAAAUAAAGCAAAAGUCAAUGCAAAGUUCUUCAUUUUUUAGUUGAAAUGGACUUGAUCUCUGUUAAACAGUAAUGUUUUUUCUCUCUCUCUCUGAUAUUUGAAUUUCUGGAAAAUAUAUGCUUUAAUGUCACAUAUAACAAACCUUUUCUCUUUUAACUGGUUUAACACUGCAUCCCCUGUUUGGCUUUGAAACACAUUCCAAACUCUGUUAGAGUACAACUAUUUUACUACAAUGCAGGGCAUUAUAAAGAAAUAGUACUUUUGCAAUUUUCUGUCUGUUUUUGUUUGUUUAUAUAUGAAAUGACUUAAAUGCUUUGCUAUGCCAUUGCAGAAGAUCUAGUUCUCAGACCUUUCAUUUGUUCCUUUGAACUGCAUUUUGGGAGUUCACAAAUGCUAACGUUUAUAUAUAGGCCAUUAAAAUGCUGAAUGUUGGAAAAAGACUAUUGUAUUUAAAUGUGAUAGAAAUGAAUAAAGUUACAAUAUUUUCCAAACUC